GUUAGGUUAUUUGCGUGAUGGCCAAUGGACACGUGAAUGAUUUUUUUCCAAAUCUUGCGGCUGACGACGACGACAACAAUGUCACGGAGAUAGAGAGUUUGUGUCUCAACUGCUAUGAGCAGGGAACUACGAGGUUAAUGUUAACUCGGAUUCCGUUCUUCCGAGAAGUCAUCAUAUCCUCAUUCUCAUGUGACCACUGUAAUCACAGUGACACUGGAGUUCAGUCCGGGGGCACAGUUCAAGUUAAAGGGGUCAAGUUCAAUCUGAAGGUCACGUCUGUCAAGGAUCUUAACAGGCAAGUUAUCAAAUCUGAAUACUGUGUGUUGAAGAUACCCGAACUGGAUUUUGAACAGCCUGCAUCAAGAAAAGGAGACAUAACAAAUGUCGAAGGCCUCCUUGAUUCUGUCGUCAACGGUCUGAUGUUCUUGCAAGAGGAGAGAAGGAUUUUAGACGACCCUUCAGGUAACAGCUACAUAGAGAACCCCGACGCGCCGAAACAUGACGACAACCUUACACAAGUCUUCUAUCAGAGGUCCCAUGAACAAGAUGUCAGGGUUGGAUGUGCCUACGACGAUGACGAUGGUGAAGUCAAUGGAGAUGAAGCUACAACAACCACAACAUCAGCAACAACCACAACACUAGCAACAACCACAUCAACAACAACAGCAACAACUUCUCAAAAUUCAAAUGGGCACCGGCCAACUGAUUCGAGUUGGGACUUUCAACAGGAAGUGGUGUCAUUCAACACGAUCUGUUCCAACUGUUCAGCAGCCUGUCCAACAAAUAUGAAGAUUGUAGACAUCCCAUACUUCAAGCAAAUGGUCAUCAUGGCGACGUCGUGUGGUGCGUGUGGCCACCGCGAGAACGAGGUGAAGGGUGGGUCGGGGAUCGAACCUCAAGGUCAGCGAAUCACGUUGCACCUCAUUAAACUUGAGGAUCUAAAUAGGGACCUUUUAAAGUCGGACACGGCGGGCAUUCGCAUUCCAGAGCUGGAUUUUGAGAUGGUGGAUGGAAGCUUGGGUGGGAGGUUCACGACGGUGGAGGGCUUGCUCGUUCAAAUUAAGGAACAACUGAGCGAGAGGAAUCCGUUUUUAAGUGGUGACAGUUGCCAGGAUGAUACGAAGGCGAAGAUGACAGCUUUUUGUGCCAAGUUGCAACAGAUAAUUGAAGGCAAGAGGAGUGAUGUUCACUUGGUGUUGGACGACCCUGCUGGCAACAGUUACAUACAGAAUUUGAACGCUCCUGAAGACGAUCCUCAGUUGAAGGUUGAGAGAUACGAGAGAACAUACGAACAGAACGAAGAACUAGGGCUGAACGAUAUGAACACUGAUCAUUAUCAAUCGACGUCGUGAUAGUUGUGAUGACGUGGAAAGAUGGUGACGACGAUGAUGAUGUUGAUGGCGAUGAUGACAUCAUAUGAUGAUGAUGAUGAUGUUUGUAACAAUAUCGGUAAUGGUGAUAAUGUUUCUGAUGGAUCGGAAGGAUGUCAGUUAUGAUGAUGAUUGCCCUGACUAAAUUAAUAAUAGUGUGCCAAUACGGGUUAAAAUAAAAUGCCUCCAUUGCUAAUGUUUGAAAAUUAAUAACGAUAAUUGAUCGAUAAGGCAUGUAAUAAACGUUAUAUAGAGUUUUAAAUAAUGCUUCGUUCAUUUUACUAAAAUAUGAUUUUUUAAUUUCUUCAAAACUUUUCUGAAUUUAAAUGCUUUGACAAAUCCGAGGUUGAGAAGCUGUAGAAUGUCAAAAAUAAUUAAAUAUGACUAGUCAAAUUCGC